UGGUGUCAUCAUCUCUGUAUCACUCCUCACUCCUCUGUGUGUAUCUUGUUAGAGAAAGAGAGAGAUAGAGAGGCAAUCAGCAGGAUGGAUCCCGACGCUUUCACGGCCAGUUUAUUCAAGUGGGACCCAAGAGGGGCGGUGGCACCGCCGAACCGGCUGCUGGAAGCGGUAGCACCACCCCCACCAGGAGCAGCAGCACCAGCACCAGUGGCUGCGGCGUACGCAAUCCGGCCGAGGGAGCUGGGAGGUCUGGAGGAUUUGUUUCAAGAGUACGGUGUCAGAUACUACACAGCGGCCAAGAUAGCUGAGCUGGGGUUCACGGUGAGUACGCUUCUGGACAUGAAGGACGAGGAGCUGGACGACAUGAUGAACAGCCUUUGUCAGAUUUUCCGGUGGGACCUCCUCGUCGGUGAGAGAUACGGUAUUAAAGCCGCCGUUAGAGCCGAGAGGCGACGCCUGGAUGAAGAAGAGUCACGCCGGCGCCACCUCCUCUCUGCCGACACAGCCAACGCUAUCGACGCACUAUCCCAAGAAGGACUGUCGGAGGAGCCAGUACAGCAAGAGAAGGAAGCAGGGGGAAGCGGGGGAGUGGGAACGUGGGAGGUGGUGGUGGCCGGAGAGAGGAAGAAGCAGCAGCGGAGAAAGAAGGGGAAGACCAGAAUGGGGUCGGCGGAUGAUAACAUGAACGAAGAUGACAACGAAGGUGGGGAUGAAGACGAUGACAAGGGUAGCGGUGAGCGUGGAAGCGAGAGGCAGAGGGAGCAUCCAUUCAUAGUGACGGAGCCAGGAGAGGUUGCUCGUGGUAAGAAGAAUGGGCUAGAUUACCUCUUCCAUCUCUACGAGCAAUGCCGUGAUUUCUUGAUCCAGGUUCAGAACAUUGCCAAAGAGCGCGGUGAGAAGUGCCCUACUAAGGUGACGAACCAGGUGUUUAGAUACGCAAAGAAGGCGGGAGCAAGCUACAUCAACAAACCCAAGAUGCGACACUACGUACAUUGCUAUGCUCUGCAUUGUCUUGAUGAGGAGGCUUCCAAUGCCUUAAGGAGAGCUUUCAAGGAGAGAGGAGAGAACGUUGGGGCUUGGAGGCAGGCCUGUUACAAGCCUCUUGUCGCCCUUGCUGCUCGCCAAGGUUGGGACAUCGAUGCCAUCUUCAAUGCCCAUCCCCGACUUGCUAUCUGGUACGUACCCACCAGGCUUCGCCAACUCUGCCACUCCGAGCGCAGCAACGCAGCAGCAGCCGCAGCAGCAGCUGCAUCUAGCUGUAUCUCCGGUGGAGCUGAUCACUUGCCAUUCUGAACUUAACGUAUUCCCCAUUGGUAAACAAUCCAUGUCCGCGCUCCAGAGGAGAGAAGCGUUUCAGUGUUUUAAUAGGUAGGCUUUUUUAUUAUUUACUUUCGGAGACUCUUAUAUUA